CAGGAGUAGAAGUGUACAGAUUUUCCUCCUCGAAUUUCGAAAUGACUUCGUAGUAGUGUAUACUGCAUAAGUGCAUAGCAUUUUUAUUAAAACUUUUAUGUCAUUGACAAGUUUUCAAAACUUUAACCAUAAAUGUCUAAAAUACUAAUAGAUUUGAUUCAUCCCGUGCUAAAGAACAUUAAUUGUUUUUUUUGUUUGAUAAGAACAUUAACAAUAACACAUAAUAUUAUUGUGGAGCCACUAAAUAUUAACUACGUAGUAAUUACAUCCUCUUUGAGUUGUUUAAUAAGUUAAUAUUGUUCACUUCAUUUUAGCAUGUCGUGAGUCGUGACCAUAUUUAUGUAGGUUUAUGGCAACCGAAUGAAACUGAGUCUUAGUGUUAAAAAGUAAAGUUUAAAAUGUCCACUAGUGUUUUUAUAGGCACGUAUAGUACAAUUAGUGAAUAUCAAAAAUCUUCAGUCCUCAGUUUUCCAUUAGAAUCUAUUAUAACCUAUUAUGUGUACAAAUAUUGCAGUUCUGAUGAUAUAAAGUUAUACGUUGUUCACAAUACUAAUAAAGACCAUGAAGUAAACAUUGAGGUUAAGCUACAAAAUGCGACGUUUUUUAACCAGAGAGACCUACCAUGGCAAAUAAUUUCAUGUAUAUAUCCAGCAGCUCUUUCAGGAGAUACAGUUAUUACUGGACUAUGUGCAGUGGCUCGUUAUAUUUGUAAACAUAGAAAUUCGAAACAAACAAGUUAUGAACAUGAGGAAGGAUUGCUAGGCUUUAGAAAAAGUUGUCUUCAAGCACCUAAUGAAGUAUCGAUAUGGACCAAAUUCUGUGAAGUUGACAUUGUUAAAACUGUGUUAGAAACAAUAACGGCACAGAACUUAAAAGAAAUUCCUUUAAAUCUUGUUAGGUUUGAAAACCAUUUAAAUAAGCCUGUACGUGUUCACAAUGUAUAUAAAUUGGCAAGGGAUCUGGACAAAAUAACUGUACAAGAUAAGAAUGAAAAUUUAGAUAAACAGAGUUCAGAAUACUCUAAGGGUAAUGAAAAUAGAAUUCCUAAGCAAAGAAAGUGGAAGUCUAAUGCCAAUAGAGCUCCAGACUACAAUAAAUUUACAAAGAUCAAAGAUCUACCCAUACAACAUCAAUUUGCUGAAGGCCCUUUUCUAACCUUAGCUGAUGUACUGUUGAUACCAUCAUAUUAUAUCCUCUUCAAAUUACUUGGAAACUGUAUCUUUGAAAAAUACUUACCACUAACUAAUAAAUGGUUUGUAAAUUUUAUAAAUAUAAAAGAAAAUAAAGAUUGUUUAAAAAAUACACUCAAUUCUUUAAAUAUAGAACCAUUGUUGUUUAUUGAUUUAACUUUACCUUCAAUUGAUGAUGUUAGUAUGUACAAAUGUGAUCCAAAGAGACAUAACCCCAAAAAAAGACUAUUUACAAAGCCAGGAGACAUUGAAAAAGCAUUGCAGAUAUUGACAGAUGAUUUAGAACUAGAAAUGUUUGAUAAUGAGGCGAGCGAGAGUAUUGAUUGGGCAGGUAUACCUAAUGGUGCCAACCCAGCAGCUGGGCAUUUACCUGAUGAAAGAAUAAUAAGAAAAUCUCAACAACUAGAAAACUUAGCAUUAUCUGUAACUUCAAUGGCCGAGGAUAGAAACCUCAUUGUUGAUUUCUGUAGUGGAAGUGGUCAUUUAGGUAUAUUAAUAGCAUAUUUGCUACCUAAUUGCAAAGUUAUAUUAUUAGAAAAUAAAGAACAGUCUUUGCUGAGAGCUAGAAACAGAGUUCAUGAGAUGGGAUUGAAGAAUGUUUAUUUCUUUCAGUGCAAUUUAGACUUCUUUAUUGGUACAUUUGAUAUAGGUGUUGCUUUACAUGCAUGUGGUGUUGCAACUGACUUGGUUUUAGAUAAAUGUUUGAGGGCUAAUGCAAAGUUUGUGCUUUGUCCAUGUUGUUACGGUUCACUACAUGUAACAGAUCGUUUGACAUAUCCUCGAAGCUAUAAAUUCAGUAAUAUUGAUAUUGACCAAUAUUUGUGUAUUGGCCAUACAGCUGAUCAAACACACAAAGAGCACCCUUUGAGCAUAAGAGGCGCAAGAUGUAUGACAAUAAUAGAUUCUGAUCGUGGAAGACUUGCAGAAGAGCAUGGAUAUAAAGUAACUCUGUCUCGUCUAAAACCACUAUCCUGCACACCCAAAAACAAUUUGCUGAUUGGGGUGCCAGCAUAAAAGAAAGAAAUCAUGUGUUUAUAGUUUUUUAUUUAAUAAAAAUAUGACAAAUCAA